CUCCUUUCUCCUUCAAAGCAUGGCCUUAGCCAGUUUUCUUCUUGUUGUCAUCCUCUUACCACACCUCGAAGCUCUCUCCCAUGGACCCUCCUCAAACGAACCAGACCAAACCAUGCAAGCCAUGAUGACACAAGCUUGCAUCAACGUUGACAAUCAAAAGUCAUGCCUCUCAAACAUGCAAACCGAGGUAGAAAAAACAGGGCGGCCGCCAAAUCCGUCUUCGAUCUUAACCGCCGCACUUCGGACGACGCUCAACGAAGCGAGGCUAGCCAUCCAAUCGAUCACAAAGUUCAAUUCUAUGUCCUUCAGCUACCGCGAGCAAAUAGCAACGGAGGAUUGCAAAGAACUUCUCGACUUCUCCGUCUCCGAACUCGCAUGGUCGUUAUCCGAGAUGAAGAACAUUCGAGCCGGUUUGAAGAGCGUUCACUACGAAGGGAAUCUAAAAGCUUGGCUGAGUGCUGCGCUGAGCAACCAGGACACCUGCCUUGAAGGCUUUGAGGGCACUGACAGACAUGUCGAACGUUUCAUUAGCGGAAGCUUGAGAGAAGUCACGCAGCUUAUUGGCAAUGUUUUGGCUCUGUACACUCAACUACAUAGCUUGCCAUUCAAGCCACCUCGAAAUAGUACCGCCACCGCAACAACAACAGAAAAGAGUUCGAAUUUUCCGAAAUGGAUGACGGAAGGCGAUCAAGAGCUUCUUAAAUCUCAUCCAAGAGGCAUGCACGUAGAUGCCACUGUGGCAUUGGAUGGGAGUGGUGACUACCGCACAAUCACCGAAGCAAUUGCCGCAGCUCCAAGCUAUAGUGUCAGGAGGUAUAUCAUAUACGUGAAGAAGGGAAUUUAUAGGGAGAACAUAGAUAUGAAGAAGAAAAAAACCAAUAUUAUGGUUUUUGGGGAUGGGAUGGGACAGACCAUUGUCACAGGCAAUCGGCAUUUCAUGCAAGGAUGGACAACAUUUCGAACUGCAACUGUUGCGGUCUCCGGGAAGGGAUUUAUAGCAAGGGACAUGACGUUUCGAAACACAGCCGGACCCCAAAACCAUCAAGCUGUUGCGCUCCGUGUCGACUCUGACCAGUCUGCCUUCUACCGGUGCAGCGUGGAAGGGUACCAAGACACCCUCUAUGUCCACUCUCUCCGCCAAUUCUACCGUGAAUGUGACAUCUAUGGCACCAUAGACUUCAUUUUUGGCAAUGGGGCAGCCGUCCUCCAAAAGUGCAAAAUAUACACCAGAGUACCCCUACAACUACAAAAGGUCACAAUCACUGCCCAGGGUAGGAAAAGCCCACAUCAGAGCACAGGGUUUUCAAUCCAAGAUAGCUAUAUUUUUGCUACCCAACCAACCUAUUUGGGGAGGCCAUGGAAGCAAUAUUCUAGGACUGUUUUUAUUAACACUUACAUGGGUGGUCUAGUCCAGCCCAGAGGGUGGCUUGAGUGGUAUGGAGACUUUGCCUUGAGCACAUUGUGGUAUGGGGAAUAUAGGAACUAUGGGCCCGGGGCAAUGCUUUCCGGGCGGGUCACAUGGCCGGGUUAUCACGUUAUUAAGGAUGCUGCCACGGCUAGUUUCUUCACUGUUGGGCGGUUCAUCGAUGGGCGGUCAUGGCUGCCGGGUACCGGCAUCAAGUUCACAGUGGGUUUAAGUGAUUAAUUAAGCAUUGUACUUAAAUCUUAAUUUUCUAUGAGUUGUGCUCAUUUCCAUGGUUUAGUACUAUUAGUGGAAAUAUGCUUGGUUUAAUGUUUUA